AGGUGGACGAGGAAUACAGCGGCGGCAGCGCGCAUACGUAACCUGCAUGUGUUUGUGUGUGUGGGGUGGAGGAGAGGCGACUACUCAAACUGUGAGCAAGCGCCACAUAGAAACGCCAGCGCAGGAUCAGCAAGACCUUUUUUAUAUUUCUGCAUCACUUGAAGGCCACGGCAGCUGACGAUGAAGCGAAGCCGUGUCCCGAGCACCAGUGAGGACUCGGAUAAUGGAAGUAACUCCACGUCCUGGUCUCAGCACUCCAACUCCAAGCACAGGAAACAGAAUGGAAAAAGACCCUCAGAGGUGUUCAGGACAGACCUGAUCACUGCUAUGAAGCUUCAUGAUUCAUACCAGCUGAAUCCAGAGGAUUAUUAUGAGCUGGCCGAUCCCUGGCGGCAGGAAUGGGAAAAGGGGGUUCAAGUCCCUGUUAGUCCCGAAUCCAUACCGCAGUGUACAGUGCGUACUGUUGCUGAGAAAUGCCCUGCUCCUCUGUUUAUGAGGCCGAAGAAGCUGAUUCGCUCAUCUGAGUCAUCGAUGCUGGGGUACGUGGGUAUUCAGACGCUAGCUGAUGGCAUGUGUCGUUAUGACCUGAAUGAGGAGGACGUAGCUUGGCUGCAGAUCGCUAACGAGGAGUUUAGCAAAAUGGGCAUGCAACUCCUGGAUGAGCUGACAAUGGAGCGGGUCAUGGAGGAGUUUGAGCGCCGUUGCUAUGACAACAUGAGCCACGCCAUGGAAACCGAGGAGGGGCUUGGCAUCGAGUACGACGAGGACGUGGUGUGUGACGUCUGUCAGUCCCCUGAUGGCGAGGACGGCAAUGAAAUGGUGUUCUGUGACAAGUGCAACAUCUGUGUGCAUCAGGCGUGUUACGGUAUACUGAAGGUUCCUGAGGGCAGCUGGCUUUGUCGUACCUGUGCACUGGGCAUCUUUCCCAAAUGCCAUCUGUGUCCUAAAAAAGGCGGGGCCAUGAAACCCACUCGAAGUGGUACCAAGUGGGUCCACGUCAGCUGUGCCCUCUGGAUACCAGAAGUAAGCAUUGGUAACCCUGAGAAGAUGGAGCCUAUCACUAAUGUGUCUCAUAUACCCAGCAACAGAUGGGCUCUGAUAUGCUGCCUGUGUAAAGAGAAAACAGGAGCGUGUAUUCAGUGUUCUGCCAAAAGUUGCCGUGUGGCGUUCCACGUUACUUGCGGUCUCCAGUGUGGGUUGAAGAUGAACACUAUCCUCACAGAGGCGGAUGAAGUCAAGUUUAAGUCUUUUUGUCCCAAGCACUCAGGCAUGGAAUGGAAUGAGGAAGAGGGAGAUGAUAACAGACCAGUGAAGGUCCAGACCAGCGAAGAGAGAAGGAGAAACAGGGCAGUGGACAUCUCAUCCUCUUCACAGCCCAGGCUCGCACAGAAUCCUGAAGAAACCAGACUCAGUGAGCGCAAACUUCGAGUCCAGCAGCUGGAGGACGAGUUCUAUCGUUUCGUCGCCGCUGAUGAAGUCGCAGAGCACCUGCAGUUGCCACUGGAAACUGUGGACUUCUUGUUCCAAUACUGGAAAUUGAAAAGAAAGGUGAACUUUAACCAGCCGCUCAUAAUGCCGAAGAAAGAAGAAGAAGACAGCCUUGCCCGGCGAGAACAAGAAGUGCUUUUGCGGCGACUCCGCCUCUUCACGCAUUUACGACAGGAUCUAGAGAGGGUGCGUAAUUUGACGUACAUGGUCAGCCGUCGGGAAAGAAUUAAACGGACCUUGUGCCGAGUGCAGGAGCAGAUCUUCCAUCAUCACGUCAGGCUACUGGAGCAGGGACGCGUUGCUGGUAUAUCUUCUACUAGACGUUUGGAGGAGGCCAUGUUUUACUUUCGGACAGCACCCCCCGUACCUGCAUCCCCCCAACCUCUGAAGGGUCACUGCGGCCAGAACAGCGCCCUGGGCACCACUGUUCAAAAUCACGAGAAAGGGAGCAACCCUUUUAGAGUCUCAAAGCAUAUCGAAGCAGACAAGCUUACAAAGAUGCCCAGGCUGGAAAGCCUGGUCAUGGACAGUGUUCCCAAUUCUGGGGUCGGCGAUUCAGGCUCUGGAGCUUGUAAGACGGCGGCAUCAGCUACAGUGAAACGUUCUGAGGGCAGGCUGAGGAGCGGUGAGUCUCACAGGAGAGAGGAGGAGAGCGAGCGCCCCCUGGAGGACAGGAGGAGGAGGACGAGCAAGCUGUGGGAACAGGUGUCUAUAAAAGACAAAUUGAGACAGUCGAAGUCUGUGGAGGAGACGGUGAAGAAUGAGACUGAGCAUGACAACAUGGAUGACAGAUUAAUGUUGUCUCACAGCAGAACCUCUGCUAGUUCUGUAGUCACUGCUUCGACCAUGUACAACGGAUCGCCGAGGAAGUCACACGCAAGCCAACAUCAGGGAAAAAUAGUGCCAAAUGGAACAACGGGGCGGCAUCUGAAAAACUGGGGCAGUUUUAGAAUCCCUAAACGGAGUGAAAGAACGUCAACGGGGAAAGACGGACAGGACGGGAAUGACGUGGCGGACCAAAAUUCUUCCUUAAAAACUUUUAAUACGAGUCCUGCCUCCUCUCCACAGAUCAGGACCCGGCUGAGGACAGGAAGCGAGAACCGAAGUCACGUGGAAGAGUCUGAUCUUGGCCAAUCGGAACAGGGCAAGAGGUGUCACGCCCAAAGACUUCGAAGCCCGAUGACUAGACGUUACGGUUCGGAUGUGAUCCAACGUGGAGUUCUUGCAUCAUAAAAUGUGUCCAAAAAUAUAUAUUUCUCAUUUUCAUUUGCUCUUCGGUGAAAGGCGAACAGGUGGAAUAUUUAUUUUUCUAUUCUGUAAUUUUCUGCUGUUGCUGAAACUAUUUUUUUGAGUGUACGUUUAAAACAUACGCAAAGAGGUUUCAAAGACCAAACGAUUGGGUGAUGAAGAAGAAGAAUAUCUUCCUAAUGAAUGAAACUUUAAAUCAGGUGAAAUUAACUGGCACAAUUUUUAGAUGAGUUACGAGCACUUAUAAGGGUGUUACCAGCGUGAAACAAAGCCAGUACGGCCCAACUGUCUUAAGUCCCACAGAAUUACUGCACUUAACUGAGCACUUAAAAAAUAUCUGACCACAACAGUCUAACCAGUGUCCAAAGUUUAGGAAAGACUUUUAAAUUGAUUUCUCAGUAUUCUGCUAACUUAAAAGGCCAUCAUGUUGUGUGUAUGUGAUGUGUGCCAUACUUACAUUGUGGCACCUUUUCCUUCUCAGGUAAAAUCUGCUUAUAUUUGUACUUAAUUUAUAGUGUUACAACUUGUUUUUCUUUGAAACAAACUGAGUGUGUAACAGGUCAAUGCCUUAUAUGUACUCUCUUUGGUCUCGAAGUAAUUCCUUUCCAGAAAAAUACAAAUAAUACAAAAAAACAACUCUUUCACUUAACCAUAUUCUUCAGCAAUAGACAGACUCUGUAGUUCCAGACAGACAAAUCCACACUCAGUAUGAUGACAUUAUGACUCGUACGGUGUACGCCAUUCGCAGCUCUGUUCAGGAAGGCUUUUAACAAUCAUUUACUUCCAGUAUCCAUUACUUUGAAUUCACUUUUGCACUUGAUAUUAAAUAAUAACACAAGACACUAUCAUAGGUUGAACGAAGACACUGUUGCGUUGAAAGGACUGAUCUUCUUGACAUGGUUGCCUUGGAGUAGUACUCAAAGUAUGUGUUCUUGCAUCUUUUCUUUAUAGCUGUAAAUGUCUUUUCUCAUGCAAAAUGUGAGUUGAUCUCCUCGAGAAAAAAAGUUUAUCUUGUGCCUGAGUGUUUUUGUUGAGAUGUUGCACUAGAACAUUAGCCAGAGAGCUUGGUAUAACUGUGUUCACAGAAAAAAAAAUGUUUCUACAUGUUUAUAUAAUCAAGCGCUGCUGUAUUUUUCUUCUUUCUUUUUCUUUUAUUCUUAUGCAAUACUUUAGUUUUGUUGCAGAUUGUGAAUAAAUUUUCUUGAGGUUAAUUCUGGAGAUGUUUGGAUUGC